AGGAGGCGGGUUUGAGGCGGAAAGUCCCGCCCCACGGCGACGUGAGACGUCAGAGUCGCCAUGGCCAGCUACCCCUACGGGCAGGGCUGCCCAGGAGCUGGAGGACAAGCACCCGGAGCCCCUCCGGGUAGCUACUACCCCGGACUCCCCCAUGCUGGAGGGCAGUAUGCUAGCGGGGUAACCCCUGGUGGCGGAUAUGGAGGAGGUCCUGCCCCUGGAGGGCCUUAUGGACCACCAGCUGGUGGAGGGCCCUAUGCACACCCCAACCCUGGGGGGCUCCCUUCUGGAACUCCGGGAGGACCAUAUGGUGGCGCGGCCCCAGGGGGCCCCUAUGGACCACCACCUCCAAAUUCCUAUGGUGCCCAGCAUCCCGGGCCUUAUGGACAGGGAACACCUCCUCCAGGUGGCACCCCUCCCGGUGUGGAUCCCGAGGCUUACUCCUGGUUCCAGUCAGUGGACUCCGAUCACAGUGGCUGUAUCUCCAUCAAGGAGCUGAAGCAGGCCCUGGUCAACUCCAACUGGUCCUCGUUCAACGACGAGACAUGCCUCAUGAUGAUAAACAUGUUUGACAAGACCAAGUCAGGCCGCAUUGAUGUCUACGGUUUCUCAGCCCUGUGGAAGUUCAUCCAGCACUGGAAGAACCUCUUCCAGCAGUAUGACCGGGACCGCUCGGGCUCCAUUAGCUACACAGAGCUGCAGCAAGCUCUGUCCCAGAUGGGCUACAAUCUGAGCCCCCAGUUCACCCAGCUCCUGGUCUCCCGCUACUGCCCGCGCUCCGCCAGUCCUGCCAUGCAGCUAGAUCGCUUCAUCCAGGUGUGCACCCAGCUGCAGGUGCUGACCGAGGCCUUCCGGGAGAAGGACACAGCUGUGCAGGGCAACAUUCGGCUCAGCUUCGAGGACUUCGUCACCAUGACAGCUUCUCGGCUGCUAUGACCAGCCCAUCUGUAAAGUGGGGAGUGCACCAAGGGACUUUUCCUGGCUCCUAGGGUGGGAGAAGCAUGUGGGCCACUCUUCAUUUCCUGCCCUUCCUAGAAAAAGAAUUCUCCCUUGCCUGAUUCAGCAUUGUUCCCAAAGAGGGCUGGGAGUCUGCGUCAUAGCCACCAAGUAGUGGGGAGCUGGGCUGAGGCCACACAGGUAGGGGCCUGACCUAGGAGAGGACUGGAAAUUGAAUGUCCUUUUACAUCCCUGAGUAUUUAAAUGGCACAGCCUUGCGCCGGGUGCAAGAGAUGCUGGUCAUUGCAAUGGGGUUAGUGUCCAGUCGCUGACUCCAGCCUCUAGCUUUUCCUUCUGUGCCCUGACGCCAGUGGUAAGUGCUCAUCAGCCUCUUACCAUUAGCACCUGCGUUCCCUCACCCAUGCUGUCUUGUCAGAUGAACCCAGUUUCUCCAAAAUGGAAUCUGACCAGGGUGAGAGAUUUGCCCGUGGGACCAGUGGCUUGGAUUCCACCCGCCACAAGUCCGUGUGUGUUGACUUCUAGCUGCCUGCUCAGGGAGCUUGGGCAGUCUGCUCUCUGGGCAUCUUUGGCCAGGCUACCCCUCUGCAGCUUGGACCCCCUCAUACUUGCCUGACAUCCUCUGCUUGGCUUCAGUCCCCAGGGGGCAAGUUGCUACCUCCCACUGCCAAUGCUUUUUUUUUUUUUUUGUGGUUUUUUUCAUUUGGGGCCAAAAGUUUGGUGCAACUGUAAGCUUCAAUACAAGAAUAAAACUCUGGAGUUCCACAUUU